AUGACAAUGGCGACAUUCUAUGAGGAUAUGCUGUUGCAGAUGGACCGAUUAUCGCGAAUCCGAAUACUCGAGCCUGAGGAUGAGACAAGUCUUAGCCAGAUGGAACGCCGUGUGCGACGAAUUCUCUCCAUCGGUUACCGGCUGGCCCUGGCCAUCUUCAUUACCGCUCACAUAUUCGAUUUUUUAUUCAGCAGUGUUUGGAUGCAUGGUUAUAUUUGGUCGCUGAAUCUUCCCAUUGACCUCGACAUGUCAGACAAAUCAGCUGGAGCCAUCGUCUAUCAUCAGUUGGAGCAGGUCGGUCAAAUUGAACGUCUAAUUUUGAUGACUGGAAAGGUACUGGCAAUAGCUCUGGUUAUGAUGUUUUGCGGAUUCGCUUCGGGAAAACCUCAAACUAUUUGGAAGUUGUUUCGACUUAGCAUGUGCAUUGGAGGGCUAGGAGGACUGCUUCGUCCGAUGCAGCUCAAGCAAAGGAUGUUCUCAUCCUUGCACGAAGGUUUCUAUUGCUUUGUCAUCACUUUCUCUAUUGGAGCAAUUCUAGCAGUGCGGUCUACGGAAAGACUUCCAAGUUCAGUUGGCGUAGUGGAGCCAGAAGCUGCAGCUGACAAGAGAUUGGGAGAAGUCUCGCCGGAUCGAGAAGAAAACAAUAACAACACUGCUAAGGAGGAAAUGAAGGAAGAAUAA